CAAGAAACAAACAUAGAUGACAAGUCGUUUUGUAAGUGAACCAGUAGCCUUUGAGGGUGAACCCGUGCCCGUUGAUGGUGAGAAGAGAACAAACGUUGAAAACUAGUUUGCAGUUUUGGGGUGAACUAGUAAACGUUCGAGGUGAAAAAGUCGCCGUUGGGGAUGAAGAAGACAGAAUCGUGAAAGUGGAUGAAACAGGAACCGUUCACUGGAAAAUAGGAAACCGCUGAGGUUAAACUUGUAGUUGUUUAGGUUGGACAGAGAACAACAGGUGGCGACGAACCACUAAAGUUCAGCGUUAACUCGUAAAAGUUCAUGAGACCGACGCUGAUAGAACGCCUGACGUACAGAUCAAGAUGGCGCUGCCUAUCAAGGCUAAACCGCCGGGGGCAUGGCGUCAAGUGUGGUAUUCGUUUGCUGAAGACACCAGCCUCCAUGCCUGCAAUAACCUUGUGAAGACACAGAAGACACGUGCAGAGAGAAUAUGGUGGUUCAUCAUUCUGUGUUCAAUGGUCGUGUGUCUGCUGUGGAUUGUUGUCGACCUGACAUUAUCUUACUUGAAGUACCCAGUUAUUACCAAGUCGAGUGUGGAAUAUCUCCCGUCCAUGGAUUUCCCCACCAUUACAUUCUGCAACGCUAACGGAUACAACAGCAACGUAGUGGAAAACCCCACUGCCAUGAAGGAACUGUUUGUGUCUCUGAACCCGAUUCUCUCCAAUUUAAUAAAGGUAAACGUGUCUUUAGUGUCUCCUUUAAUGAAGACAGAGCAAGCCUUUCUCUACAGGACCAUGUCCCUCAGGAAAUGGGAUUACAUGCGCUUUGCUCUCUUCCGAGGGCAAGAAGUGACUCUCGACAUGUUUGACGAGGUUAAUGGUCCAACAGGAUACUGCUUCCGGUUUAACAGCGAGGAAAUGAUCCGUCGUCAUGGAGUCCACACAACAAACACUCCAGGCCCAAGUGGAUCUCUGGAGCUUCUCCUGGACAUCCACCAGGAACACUACUUUCCCGGCCCAUUCAACCUGGCAGCCAUGAUGAUAUACAUCAAUCACCCGUCUGACAAACAGAGUCAUCUUGAUCCCGUGAUAGCUGUGGCCCCCGGGACGACGGCUUACAUCUCCAUGACCAAACACCAGUACAAGUUCCUGCCGAAGCCGUACAAGUCGUUUGGUGAUGACACCUGCAUCGACACCGACAGUCCCACCUUCACUAACCCCCUCAAGUAUGCGUCCUCCUACAGCUUCGACGCCUGCAUAGACGAGUGUCUGAGCCACCACUCCACCACCAACUGCAGGUGUAAGACCUCUUCAGACCCGGACGACCUGCCAUACCCAUACUGCACGUUGAAGGAACUCUUCGGCUGCACCUUUACUUACACCGCAUUGGUAUACUACAACCAGACGUCACAGCGAGAACUCUGCCAUUGUCACAAGCCGUGUAGAUUCUUUGUGUACGACACCAAGCUGUCAUACGGUGCAUUCCCCUCCAAUGCCGUCACCGACUACAUGGUUCGGAACAACGUCGUGCCGUCGGAGGAAUAUGCCAGACAAAAUCUGGUCAGCAUCAACAUAUGGUACGAACGGUUGAUUGUACAUAAGCUUGAAUACGAACCGGAGUACACACUGACCUCGAUGGUGGGCACCCUGGGAGGUCAGAUGGGCUUCUUCCUCGGGGCGAGCAUUGUGACGCUGUAUGAAGUGUUUGAAGCCUGUUUCCGCUCGACCAAGGCCAUUGCCAGACAGUGGAUUAUUCGGAAACAAACACGCCGCUCUGGCCCAGAGCACUGAACCCCAUUGUCCACUGCAGUCAGUCCGAAUGAUGACUCCGUGAAUCACGAAUCACGGAGACGUUUAGCAAUAAUAGAAGCGCACGUAUAAUAUGUGCGGCGUGGUUGUGUCUGUAUUGCAGCAUUAUAGCCGGCGCCAGUAGACCAACACACCAGCUUGUUUACAGUAAGGACACUUUGUGAAUCUUCACAACUAUCAUCCAAGACAAUGGUGCACACAGAACAAAAACGGUAGAGGAGGGCGACCGAGAUAUUAUAUUGCUAGACGUGAUUCUUACACAUUCAUUGGUACAAAAGUUAAAAUAAAAUCCCUAUUUGACAUUUCAGAAUUAUUCUCGUCCCAGUUCUUGUAGUAUAUGCUACAAGUCUGAACUGAAAGCAGUCAACAUAAUACACAGUAUAUCUGAGAUCCUUUUUCAUAGCAACAGUUUGGUAUUAUUUUAUCUAUGUGUUCUAGAAUGUUUAAUUAUUGCCUUUCAGACUCGUAAAAGUCAGUGUGCCAUGUUGAGGAGACCAAACUUAUUUGCAUUUUGCAAAAUUUGUGUGUACAGAAUAUGUUAUAGGAUGUACAGAAUGCAUUUGCUGUAAUCUGGGAUCCUACAUGUAAUUCCUACCUUUAACCAUUACACCCAGAAGC